CCACUUUGAGCGCUGCUCGCUUCUGAUCCAAAUACACACGACGCCUCCAUGUUGGAAAGAGUAUAGAGGGGGGAUACAAUUAUUUUUUGAAAAUGAAGAGAGUUCAAGAAACGGGAUUAUCGGAACUGUUUCAUUUAUCGUAUUGAAACUUGAUCGAGGAGAGCGAGUUUUUUUUUUUUUUUUUUUUUCUUCUUUUUCCCAAUCGUCGUUUCAUCAUUGUUUCAGUCAAAACGUCAAUUUUAUUUAUUUAUUUAUUUUUUAUUAUGUUGAAUUGAACACUGAUCAGUUUAAGGCUAGCUCUAGUUGCUAAGCCAGACGUUAGCAACGUUUUCUUCUUCUUCUUCUUCUUGAGUUCAACGUUGGGAGUUUGUUUUUGCCCAUAUUGUUCUUUUAAAUGUUGUUUACUAAAUUGGAAUAUUCCCAGCGAUUGACAAGUGGUUGUAUUUUGUCUUUAAACCACUAGCUAGUUUACAUUUUGCCCCCUCCUGUGUCCCGUCUCAGUCCAGCUAGUUUAGGGCCCGGCUGCCAUUUCAACACAGCUAGCAAGGCAGCUAACGUUACCCCAUUGUGGACUAGGACAAGCAAGUCAAAUAAACAUUUUUUAAAACGAAUCAACAAAAAAACAACAACAAAGGAAUAACCAUCCGUCGCAAUGGAUCACACGUCUAUAAUAACCCAGGUUUCCAACCCCAAAGAAGAGGAGAUUAUCUCGUUUAAUCAGGAAAAAGUCUCCCAGUCCAACAGCAGUGUGAAGAAGCAGAGGAGUCCAGGCAUCUUCAGUACGUUCUUCUGUUGCUUUAGGAACUACAAUGUGGAGCCUCCUGCCUCCAACAACACAACCACCUCCCUGCCUCCAGCCCCAGAGGAGAAUGGGACACAACCAAAGUUUGACCAGGUCGAGGUUAUUCCUAUCCCUAGUCCUCCAGCCAAAUUCCUCCUACCAGAGAUGAACAUAUCAGACUAUGGGAAGAAGUGUGUAGUGAUCGACUUGGAUGAGACAUUGGUACACAGCUCAUUCAAGCCCAUUAGCAAUGCUGACUUCAUAGUCCCCGUGGAGAUAGAUGGCACAGUUCAUCAGGUGUACGUGCUGAAGAGACCUCAUGUGGAUGAGUUCCUGCAGAAGAUGGGAGAGCUGUUUGAAUGUGUUCUCUUCACGGCUAGUCUCGCAAAGUAUGCUGACCCUGUGGCGGAUCUUCUGGACCAAUGGGGUGUGUUCCGAGCCCGUCUGUUCCGGGAGUCAUGUGUGUUUCACCGGGGGAACUAUGUUAAGGACCUAAGCAGGCUGGGUAGAGAGCUCAGUAACGUCAUCAUACUGGACAACUCUCCUGCCUCCUACAUCUUCCACCCCGAGAACGCUGUGCCGGUCCAGUCGUGGUUUGAUGAUCUGAGCGACACAGAGCUACAGGACCUGCUGCCCUUCUUCGAGGGCCUGAGCAGAGAGGAAGAGGUGUAUGGUGUGUUGCAGAACCUCCGGGGCAGGUAGCACCAGGGUAACCCCAUCUUCCUCUUUUCUCUCUCUUUCUCUCUCUCUCUUUCUCUUUCUUUCUCACUCUGCCUCUUUAACGACACACCAUCGCUCAGGCUUAGACAGAUUUCCCGGCCUCCGGCCCCUAGGGGCAACCUGGAGUCACACUGUGGAUUGUAGUGUGUAACCCAACACCAGACACCCCAAACAGUACACCUCUCUCCGCUAUGGUAUCCUCCCCUAGAGGCUGGGGGCUCACUGUAGUCAGAGUGGAGAAUACUCCAACUCCCAUGGAGCACAGUGGCGGAACCAGGAAGCUCGACUGUGACAUCAUCGGUUAGAAGAUUUGUAUGGAACGGCAGAAUGCGUUUUUGAUUUGAGGGAAUGGACGCAAAGGAAGAAACUCUAGUCUUGUGUUGUGACACUGACUAACAGGCAGAGUUGUUACUUUUAACCAAAAAUCUAUAUUUUGUGUGGAAAUGUUUUUUUUUUUUUUUUUUUUUUUUUUGUGAAGAUAACCGAUAAAUUCAGUCUGAGUAUUAGGUCCUUGUAUUGUUGCUAUGCAUCAGGCAGUGUCUGGUAGUUUGAAAGGACUGUGAUUCACUGUUUUCCCUUUCUUACCGAAUGAAGUGCCUUGUUUGAAUGUGGUUAUGAGGAGAUAUUUUGUACAUGGCAUAUUUUCAGAAUACUUCUUCAAGUCUUUUUAUUGAAUUCUGUCUAUACUUUAAAAUGGAGACCGCUAUGAUUCUUUAUAACAAACCACUGUUUUUAUUUUAGGAGGUUGUCAUACCUUGUAUUGGUUACACGUUAUAUUCUCUUCUUUUUGACACCAUAUAAGCGUUUUAUUUUCUCUUUAUCUUGCCGUCUUCACUAUACCUUAGAAUAGUGUAUUAUGGUUAAUUUGUUGUAAGAAGCAAAGGAAUAUGUAACUUUCUACAUAGCAAUUAGGCUGAAUUUUGAGAAAAACAUCCUGAACCAUAGUUGAAUUUGUGCCAACAUUUCUCAAUGUAUUUCUUUUAUUCGUUUUUGCCAAAAAGUGAUUUCAAUUGUUAAAAUCUAAGUAGGGGUUUAGCUCAGUCUAUUUUAAAGAGUUUUGCCAGUUAACGAAUGCUAUUCAGUUAUGUUUUGAAGUGAAUUAAUCCUACUUUGUUAGCAAUCCAGUUAAUUAUUUAUAGUCUGCUAGUUUUUAACUAGCAUGCAAGUCAUUUUAUUUCUGCACAUGGAUAUAAGUCUAGCAACAAACAAAAAAUAUCCUUCGGGAGGCGGUAACCCAUACAAAUCCCCCCCAGUGGUACACUGUUGCCAUGGUAUCCCCCUCAUUGUUUCCAGUGAUCUAGUGUGCGUCCCAAACGUCCCUAUUCCCUAUUUAGUGCACUACUGUUGAGCAUGGUCCAAAGUAGUGCACUACAUUGGAGUUAGGGUGUAGUUUGGGAUGCAGUCCUGAUGUUGUACAGUAUUCUAAUGGGUAGAGUGCCAUGUUUCUCCUCACCGCAGUGCCUGACUUGAGUCCUGAGGACACACACGGAAACAGUACUGUAACCAUGGGCAAUAACUUUCAGGAGACUCAACCUGGGUCAGUGUUAGGGCAGAGUGUUUCCCCCCCCAUACCAUGUGACCUGAUCAGGAAAUACUCUGGCCCCAUUGUUAUUGGCUAUUACCAGGGCCUGUUGUUAUUGGCUAUUACCAGGGCCUGUUGUUAUUGGCUAUUACCAGGGCCUGUUGUAUUAAUUUAUUUUGGCGCGUUACAAAAUACAAUACAAAUUCAACAAUUUACAAAUACAUUUUCAAGAAAAAACGGUCACAUUCCUCAGCAAGGUGGUCCCCAUUCAGCAUGUUGAACUGCCGAGAGGCACCAGAACAUCCUGUUGUAGAGACUGUAGGUUGUUCCAUACAUGGACAUCCUGUUGUAGAGACUGUAGGUUGUUCCAUACAUGGACAUCCUGUUGUAGAGACUGUAGGUUGUUCCAUACAUGGACAUCCUGUUGUAGAGAACUCUGUAGGUUGUUCCAUACAUGGACAUCCUGUUGUAGAGAACUCUGUAGGUUGUUCCAUACAUGGACAUCCUGUUGUAGAGAACUCUGUAGGUUGUUCCAUACAUGGACAUCCUGUUGUAGAGAACUCUGUAGGUUGUUCCAUACAUGGACAUCCUGUUGUAGAGAACUCUGUAGGUUGUUCCAAACAUGGACAUCCUGUUGUAGAGAACUCUGUAGGUUGUUCCAUACAUGGACAUCCUGUUGUAGAGACUCUGUAGGUUGUUCCAAACAUGGACAUCCUGUUGUAGAGAACUCUGUAGGUUGUUCCAAACAUGGACAUCCUGUUGUAGAGACUCUGUAGGUUGUUCCAAACAUGGACAUCCUGUUGUAGAGAACUCUGUAGGUUGUUCCAUACAUGGACAUCCUAUUGUAGAGAACUCUGUAGGUUGUUCCAUACAUGGACAUCCUGUUGUAGAGAACUCUGUAGGUUGUUCCAUACAUGGACAUCCUAUUGUAGAGAACUCUGUAGGUUGUUCCAAACAUGGACAUCCUGUUGUAGAGAACUCUGUAGGUUGUUCCAUACAUGGAAUGCAAAGAAACUAAAAGCUGAUUGACUUGACUCUCUGAUCUGAUUAGGGAAAACUCCUGUCUCUCCCAUCUCAUUGUGUAGGAGUCUGAACAGUGAAUGCAGGUUCUGUUGUAACACUCUGGGCACUGCUAAAGGACCGCAGGAUACCUCGGCAUGGUAAUAAUGCCUUAAAGCAAUUCUCCGUCAUGAAUCCCAAGGUAUCUAGUCUAGCUAUAACAUCAUAGACCAGGAAGAAACACAAUGUCCUGACCAAUGGGUAAAAGCAGCAGGUGGUCACGUGAUCACCUGCUGGGUGUCGACGAGCGGUGCGAUUCGUUCGAGAAAUGGAACAGAAAAUGAUGAUCUGUUCAGAGGCAAUAGGACGGUCACCCACUGCUUUUAAUGGUUGGCACAGUGUGUUUAGACCUUAAGGUUUUCACAGUGAUUUUGGUAGGCAGGCUACUGUUGGUAGCUCCUAUGGGGUCUUGGUGUACCAUAUUGUCAACCUGUGGUUGUUGACAUGGACAUUUUAAUAAUAAUGUUUGUGUAUUAUUGCUGAUGAUUGGGGUGUCAUGCUUUCAAUAUGUUACUUGUUUGUAAUGCAAUGAAUGCCCUUUAGUGUAAUCGAAAGUAUUACUGGG